AGAACAUCAAAGUGAGGUUAUGAAAUUAAUUUCGUUUUCUUGUUGCAUUUUUCUUGAUUUGACGUGUCCGUCCGUCGAUAAAAUUGUAUUUAUUGAAAAAAGUUGGUAAAUAAUGCAUUCUCUUCUUCAACGAGGAAAUUCUAUCCUAGCGUAUGCUUUGAGCGUGCUUGCUUGCUUAACAUUUAUAUGUUUCGCUUCCACAGUUUUCCUGAACUAUGUAACUGACGCAAAAAUGAAUACUGUAAAAGUAGUUGUAAAGAAUGUGCCAGACUACAGUGCCAGCAGAGAAAAGAAUGACUUGGGAUUUCUGACAUUCGAUUUACAGACUGAUCUCACUAGUCUGUUCAACUGGAAUGUCAAGCAAUUGUUCUUGUACCUCACUGCAGAAUAUGAGACUCCAAGCAAUGAACUGAAUCAGGUUGUUCUCUGGGAUAAGAUUAUUCUAAGAGGAGAGAAUGCUAUCCUAGAUUUCAAGAACAUGAACACCAAAUAUUACUUUUGGGAUGAUGGAAAUGGCUUAAAGGGGAAUAAAAAUAUCACUUUGACACUCUCUUGGAAUAUGAUUCCCAAUGCAGGUCUUCUGCCCAAUAUUUUUGCUAGUGGGAGCCAUUCUUUCAAAUUUCCAGCAGAAUAUACUACAACUAGGAUGUAAUUUGAGAAUGUGUUUUUGUCAAUAAAAUUAUUUUCAUUUUAUCAAU